GGCUCCGCCUCCGCGGGCUCGCGACUCUCAGGCCGCGUCCCAGGCCGAGCCCGGCUCCGGCUCCGGGUCCGAGUUCGGGGAGUCGCGGAGGUGGAGGCCGGAGUGCGGGCUAUGGCGGAGCGGGAGCGCGGCGGCGGCGGGGGCGGUGGCGGCGGCGGGGGGCUGGAGGCCGGGGCGCUGCCGCCUGACGUGCGCGAGGGCCUGGCCGAGCUGGAGCUGGAGCUGUCGGAGGGUGACAUCACUCAAAAAGGCUAUGAGAAGAAGAGGGCAAAGCUGCUGGCCCGCUACAUACCACUCAUUCAAGGUGUGGAGACUUCUCUCCAGACAGGGUGCUCACAGGCUCCAGCUGCCGGCUCCAAACAGCAGAAGGCGCGUUCUGCCAACUCGAGGGAUGAGCGCUUCCGAUCCGAUGUCCACACCGAAGCCGUACAAGCCGCAUUAGCCAAGUACAAAGAAAGGAAGAUGCCUAUGCCUUCCAAGAGACGCUCUGUCCUCACACACUCUUCUGUGGAGACCUACACGCCUCCAGACACGUCCUCGGCCUCAGAAGAUGAGGGCUCGCUCCGGCGGCAAGGGCGACUCACUUCCACUCCGUUCCAGAGCCAUUCCAACGUAGAACCCUGGCUUCAUCGGGUCAUUCAGGGCUCCUCCACCUCAUCCUCUGCCUCUUCCACUUCAUCCCACCCGGGAGGGAAACCUGCUGCCGCUUCCAAUACAGUUCCCGCCACCGCCGCCGCCACAGUGCUUGCAGAUCUCAUGGCCCACGCUCAGCUAGAUAACCAUCCUGCACCUCCUGAUGUGACCACUGGCCUUGUAGAACAGCCCCCCCACGAGCGCCCCCAGGUGGCCUCUGUGAGAGGGGUCCCUCGAGGUUACAGCGGCAGCAUAUUGGAAACAGCUGAUGGUGUUCCGGUAAAUAGCAGAGUAUCUUCAAAAAUCCAGCAGCUUUUGAAUACCCUAAAGAGACCAAAGCGCCCUCCCUUGAAGGAGUUCUUUGUGGACGAUUUUGAAGAACUGUUAGAAGUCCACCAGCCGGACCCCAAUCAGCCCAAGCCUGAGGGAAGUCAGAUGACUGUGCUCCAAGGGGAACCUUUAGGUGUGAUUUCCAACUGGCCUCCAUCUCUCCUUGCCGCCCUGCAGCGCUGGGGCACCACCCAGCCCAAAGCCCCUUGUCUCACGGCCUUGGAUACCACAGGGAGAGCCGUCUACACCCUCACGUAUGGCAAACUCUGGAGUCGAAGUGUGAAGCUAGCAUACACCCUGCUGAACAAGCUCACCAAUAAGAAUGAGCCCCUGCUCAAACCUGGAGACCGGGUGGCGCUCGUCUUCCCAAAUAGUGACCCUGUGAUGUUCAUGGUGGCAUUCUAUGGGUGCCUGCUGGCAGAACUUAUCCCUGUGCCAAUAGAAGUGCCAUUAACGAGAAAGGACGCUGGCAGCCAACAGAUUGGCUUUCUCUUGGGCAGCUGUGGUGUGACUCUGGCCCUGACCACAGACGCUUGUCAGAAGGGCUUGCCCAAGGCACCGACGGGGGAGGUGGCCACAUUCAAAGGCUGGCCCCGCCUGGUUUGGUUUGUGAUCGACGGGAAGCACUUGGCCAAGCCAUCCAAAGAUUGGCAUCCCCCAGUGCGGGAUGCUGGCGCUGGAACUGCCUACAUCGAGUAUAAGACAAGCAAAGAAGGCAGCACCAUGGGAAUCACCGUGUCUCAUGCUUCCAUGCUAGCCCAGUGUCAUGCAUUGACCCAAGCCUGCAGUUACUCAGAAGCGGAAACUCUAACCAACGUGCUGGACUUCAAAAGGGAUGCUGGCCUGUGGCAUGGAGUGCUGACUAGUGUCAUGAACCGAAUGCACGUUGUCAGUAUUCCUUAUGCCCUCAUGAAAGUGAACCCCCUUUCGUGGAUACAGAAAGUGUGCUCAUAUAAAGCCCGAGUGGCACUGGUUAAAUCCCGAGACAUGCACUGGUCUCUCCUGGCCCAGCGUGACCAGAGGGACGUCAGCUUGAGCUCCCUGCGGAUGCUGAUUGUGGCUGAUGGAGCUAAUCCGUGGUCAGUGUCGUCCUGUGAUGCGUUCCUCAAUGUCUUUCAGUCCAGAGGCUUGAGACCGGAGGUGAUCUGCCCCUGUGCCAGCUCCCCUGAGGCGCUCACUGUCGCCAUCCGCAGGCCCCCCGAUUCCGGUAGCCCACCCCCGGGGAAAGCGGUGUUGUCCAUGAGCGGCCUCAGCUACGGCGUGAUCCGAGUGGACACGGAAGAAAAGCUGUCUGUCCUGACGGUUCAGGAUGUUGGCCAGGUCAUGCCUGGAGCUGAUGUGUGUGUGGUGAAGGUGGAAGGUCCCCCUUAUCUCUGCAGAACAGAUGAAGUGGGAGAAGUGUGUGUCCAUUCUUCAGCUACUGGCACUUCCUACUAUGGCCUGGUUGGAAUCACCAAGAAUGUGUUUGAGACGAUUCCAGUGACGGCGGGAGGCGUGCCCAUUUCUGACCAGCCCUUCACCAGGACGGGACUGCUGGGCUUUAUCGGGCCAGACCAGUUAAUGUUUGUCGUGGGCAAGUUGGACGGGCUGAUGGUGGUCGGCCUUCGCAGGCACAAUGCGGAUGACGUGGUGGCCACGGCCUUGGCGGUAGAACCGAUGAAGUUUGUCUACAGAGGAAGAAUAGCCGUGUUCUCGGUGACUGUCCUACAUGAUGACCGCAUAGUGCUGGUGGCCGAGCAGCGUCCAGAUGCGUCGGAAGAGGACAGCUUUCAGUGGAUGAGCCGGGUGCUACAGGCCAUAGACAGCAUCCAUCAGGUGGGCGUAUACUGUCUUGCGCUGGUCCCUGCCAACACUCUGCCCAAAGCUCCGCUCGGGGGAAUCCACAUCUCUGACACCAAGCAGCGCUUUAUCGAGGGCGCGCUGCACCCCUGCAGUGUGCUGAUGUGCCCUCACACCUGUGUCGCCAACCUCCCCAAACCUCGCCAGAAGCAGCCAGAAGUCGGGCCUGCUUCCAUGAUCGUUGGGAACCUUGUGGCUGGGAAGAGAAUCGCACAGGCCUCAGGGAGAGAUGUCACGCAGCUGGAGGACAACGACCAGGCAAGAAAGUUUCUCUACCUAGCGGAUGUGUUGCAGUGGCGGGCCCAGACCACCCCGGACCACCCCCUGUUCUUGCUGCUGAAUGCCAAGGGCACCGUCACCAGCACCGCCACCUGUGUCCAGCUGCACAAGAAGGCCGAGAGAGUAGCCGCUGCGCUGACCGAGAGGGGCCGGCUGAGUGUUGGCGACCAUGUGGCUUUGGUGUAUCCCCCAGGUGUGGACCUCAUCGCCACCUUCUAUGGCUGCCUCUACGCUGGCUGUAUUCCCAUCACGGUGCGCCCCCCUCACCCCCAGAACCUCGCCACCACCCUGCCCACUGUCAAGAUGAUUGUAGAAGUCAGCCAGUCCACCUGCAUCCUGACAACCCAAGCAAUAAUGAAGCUGCUGAAGUCCAAGGAGGCGGGCGCGGCCGUGGACGUGAAGACGUGGCCCACCAUCCUAGACACAGAUGACCUCCCAAAGAAGAGGGUGGCAAGUGUCUUUCGGCCUCCCUCCCCUGACAUGCUGGCCUACUUAGACUUCAGUGUAUCCACUACGGGCAUAUUAGCAGGAGUCAAGAUGUCGCACGCUGCCACAAGUGCCUUAUGCCGGUCGAUCAAGCUCCAGUGUGAGCUGUACCCGUCGCGGCAGAUCGCCGUCUGCCUGGACCCCUAUUGCGGCCUGGGCUUUGCCCUCUGGUGCUUGUGCAGUGUCUAUUCAGGACACCAGUCCUUGCUGGUCCCUCCGCUUGAACUUGAAAAUAAUGUGUCCUUGUGGCUGUCAGCUGUGAGCCAGUACCGAGUCCGCGUCACCUUCUGCUCUUACUCUGUCAUGGAGAUGUGUACCAAAGGGCUGGGAACACAAACAGAUCUUCUCAGGGCCAAAAGCGUGAACCUGUCCUGUGUGCGCACGUGCAUGGUGGUUGCGGAGGAGAGACCGCGGAUCGCAUUAACACAGUCCUUCUCAAAGCUGUUCAAAGACCUGGGCCUCUCUGCCCGGGCCGUGAGCACCACAUUCGGAUGCAGAGUGAAUGUAGCCAUUUGCUUACAGCCCAACAGGCUGGGAAAGCUGGCUGAGCAGGGAACUGCAGGCCCCGACCCCACCACGGUAUAUGUCGACAUGCGGGCACUGCGCCAUGACAGGGUGCGCCUGGUGGAAAGGGGUUCUCCACACAGUUUACCACUGAUGGAAUCUGGAAAGAUUCUUCCUGGUGUCAAAGUCAUCAUUGCUCACACAGAGACGAAGGGCCCCCUUGGUGACUCCCACCUGGGUGAGAUUUGGGUGAGCAGUCCACACAACGCCACAGGCUAUUACACGGUCUAUGGGGAAGAGUCUCUGCAUGCUGACCACUUCAGCGCACGGCUCACUUUUGGAGAUACCCAGACCGUCUGGGCCAGGACAGGCUACCUGGGCUUUCUUCGGAGAACGGAUCUCACUGAUGCCAGUGGAGAGAGGCACGAUGCCCUCUACGUGGUCGGCUCUCUGGAUGAAACGCUGGAGCUGAGAGGCAUGAGGUACCACCCGAUCGACAUCGAGACGUCCGUGAUCAGAGCCCACAAGAGCAUUGCCGAGUGUGCUGUGUUUACGUGGACCAACCUGCUGGUGGUGGUCGUCGAGCUGGAAGGCCCCGAGCAGGAAGCCCUGGACUUGGUGGCCCUGGUGACCAACGUGGUUCUCGAGGAGCACUUCCUCAUUGUGGGCGUGGUGGUCAUUGUGGACCCUGGAGUGAUCCCCAUCAAUUCUCGGGGGGAAAAGCAGCGCAUGCACUUGCGAGAUGGAUUCCUAGCCGACCAGCUGGACCCCAUUUAUGUGGCCUACAACAUGUGAAAGCAGGGCCCAGAUGGCCAAGCACUGAGAUUCAGAGCGCCCUGUGCCGUGCGCACUGCCCAGAGUCAAAGCCCCGCUAGGAGAACAAAGGGAACUAGGCUCCACUGACUGUCAUCUCUGCCCCUUCACCCAUUCUGACGGUUGUCAGUAGCAAAUUUGGGGGAGAGAUCCCUGGAAUUCUUGGAGGACAUGUGCUCAAGACUGCCAAGGGCCCUGAAGCAAUCCCUAGGUCUCCAGCCUGGGGCCCUGGGCCAGCGGGGCACAGAACAGCUGGGUGUGUGCUCCCCUCCCUCGGGAGGGGUCCUGCUCCCAGGAUCCUGCUGUGUCAUACUGGUGGAGGGGCCUGGGGAAGGCCUUGGCACCUGCCUCGGGGGCUGCUCUCUACUGUAUUCCAAGUGUUUUUGCACAUGUUUUAAAAAUUGGAGAUGCAAUACCUGCUUUUUUUUAUGGUUUGUUUUUUUGAUUGACUUAUUGAUGCCAUGUCUAGCAGACAAGUCUCUUCACAUGGUGUUAAAUCUGGAAGGGACCAUAGAAAGAAACCAGUGUAGCCUCCUCGUUUUAAAGGUGUGGAAUUGAGGCCCAGAAAGGGGAGAGUGACCGAAAGUGACAGAGCCAGAAGUAGGACCCAGGUCUACUGUCCCCCCCCCCCAGCUGCGCCCCCCCCUGCCCCUGCACCACGCUACUCCCACACAUACUCAGGCGCUUGCUUCUCUGUUAUUCUGCCUGCGAAUAUGAAUUCCACAAAACAGUCACUAACACUCACGAAUAGUGCCAGGUUGGGCUGGGUCAAGGCUUCCAAACCUCCAAGCAGCUCCAAAGGUUUCCUGGAGGAGGUGGCUUCGGCACUUGCUGCUUGUGUCCAUAACUUCAUGGGACAGAGCUGCUUGUUCUCAUGACACUAGAACGUUUGCCAGGAAAAGCACUGUCCGUACAAAGAAGUUUUGUGAGGUGUGUGUUUGCACUCCAGACCCUCGAGAUCUGAAGUAUUAGGCGGGGGGCCACGCCUGGAAAAGGCCUUUGUGUUCUCAGUGACCCACAAGGGAAGCUCUGGGAAGUCUUGUCUCAGACGCACACACAGGUGUGUGCACACACGCAUCCACACACAUGUGUACAUACAUACAUGGGCACACAAUUCACACAAUGGAAGCUCUUGUCUCAGACAUACAUGUGUGCACGUGCAUCCACACACAUGCCCACAUACACACAUGUACACUGCGUUCCUACAAGGGAAGCUCUGGGAAGUCUUGUCUCACGCAGACACAUACACGCACAUAUACAUAGAUGUGCUGUGCAUCUGUGCAUACAUGGGCACACAUCCAUGUGCAUACAUCCAUACACGCACACACACAAAUGCACACACAUCCCCUCCAAGGCAGUUGAAUCUAUUGCUGCUGCUGCUACUGCUGCCGCCGCUGUAUACCCUUUAACAUAGUGGUGCCCCUAUGACAUGGGUUUCUCCAAGCACGUGCGGUUGGGUCAUGUUCUCCCUUGACUCACCAGUUGGAUCGUUGACCUGGUAGAGAGAGUGAAGGAAUCAGCAAGGUGAAAUCCUUCAGAUACUCUUAAGUAUUUGAAGACACACACGAGUUCUGGCAAAUAGGUUAUUUUUAUAUGCUAAUAAAAAAGUAUGUUCUAAGUGGUUAGCUCUGGGGGCUGGGGGAAUGGCUACUGCAUGUGCUCACAACGAGAGCCAGGUUUCUCUGCAAGGUGGGUCUGCCUGGAUCAGUGCCUAAGAAAGCUGGGUGUGCUUCAGCCUAUGGAAACCAAAUGAGUCUCACUGACACGGCGGGCGGAUUGUAGAGUAUUGCCCUUAUUUGCCCACCAGUAACUCUGUGGAGAGUAGUUCUGUUUGCCCUUACUGUGUCUGCCUGUGGUGUCUGACCAAAAUGCAUAUGAGAACUCGAAUGACCUGUUGUAAUUAUGUACAGCGCUAAAUAACUUAUUAUGGGAAGCCCAGCGGUCUUAGUGGUGGACUAAUAACAGGAGGGCUGGCCAGGGAGAACUACCUAAGCCCAAUGUUCAUGCUGUAGUUUUAUAGCAAAUUAAGCAUUGUAAGAUUUUUGUAUUGAGAGAUGGGUGACAGUAUGACAAGUUGCCUUGUAAAGUAAGAUUUUCAAAAGCACAUUAAAAA